AUGUUUCGGGUUUCUUUUUCUUCUUCUUUUCCCUCUCACAUUCCUUCUCGUUUAACGUCACACUCUUUUCGAUCUGUCCAGCGUCCAUACCCGCUCCGCGCUCAGCCAAACCGGUGGAGCCGAUUCCACUCGACCGGUAAGCCGAUAGCCCUUUCCUGGUCUGACACCUGUCUGCGCGUGGCCCCCAGACUGUUCAAAGCCCCUCCUAACCCACUGGCAAUCGCAGAAUCCAGUGCAUCUGCUCACCUGCCAUCUCCACCACCGCGCUCUCGUCUCCGUCGUUUCGCCGGAUUCACCUCGAUCGCUGUCCUCGCUUUCACCGCCGGACUAUUAUACCAAACCCAGCGCACGGUCUCGCGACUCAUGGCGGCCCCAAUUCUUACAGACGAUGAGACCCUGACCGCGUUCACGCCCGUGGACGCGGUCGCCCAGGAGAUCGAUGAGACGCUCCGCACGCACCCCGUGGCCGAGGCCCUGCGCGCCAACCCCGAGUUCAAAGAGUCGCGCCCACACCUUAAGAUCCCAGAGGCCCUGCGCGAACGCAGCCUGACGGCUGGCACCCUGGCGGGUCCCAACAAGAUUGUUGUCCCACCCUACGUGUUCAACGAGACCGACGGCAAGAGCAUGGUCUCGCUUAUGUACCUUGGUUCCGAUAUCUGCGGCCACCCUGGGAUCGUCCAUGGUGGUUUGCUGGCCACUCUGCUGGACGAGGGCUUGGCCCGCUGCUGUUUCCCGGCUCUGCCGAACAAGGUUGGUGUUACUGCCAACUUGAGCAUUGACUACCGUGCCCCGGCAAUGGCCGACUCAUACACCGUCCUGCGUGCCGAGACAGUCAAGGUCGAGGGCCGCAAGGCCUGGGUCGAAGGCCGCAUCGAGACGCUGCCCACCGACGGAAAGGAGCCGGUAGUGCUGGUCGAGGCCAAAGCCUUGUUCAUUGAGCCCAAGCAGGCUGCGGUAUGUUUUUGA